UUAUAAAAUGUUGUAAAUAAGUGAUUUUUCUCCUUCACUGAUGUGCGCUAAUGAGGCUGCACUGAUGGACACUGAUAGGCUGCACUGAUGGGCACUGAUGAGGAGGCACUGGUAGGUGGCACUGAUGGGUAUUGGCAGGCAUCACUGAUGGGCACUGAAAGGCAGCACUCAUAUAUGGCACUGAUAGGUGGCACUGACUGGCACAGAUAGUCGGCACUGACGGGUACUGAUAGGCAGCACUGAUGGGCACUGACAGGUGGCAAUAAUGAGCA